AUGGGCAAGCAACCCAACCUCUUCGCCUUUGAGGACGUCAGCGCGCUGGCGCCCGCGCUGCGGUCCUACGUCAUCUCGUGCCAAAACGCCGGCCUCACGCGCCACGGCAUCUUCAAGAUCGGCGUAUCAGGCGGCUCCCUCCCCAAGACCCUCGCGCAGGCUCUCCUCCUUCCUCCCUCCUCGAACGACGACAAAGUACGCUGGGACAAAUGGGAGAUCUUCUUCGCCGACGAGCGCGCCGUGCCCCUCGACCACGAAGACAGCAACUACGCAUUACUGAAGAAAGAGUUGCUAGACCGGAUCCCCGCGGGCGCAGGCCAACCCACUGUUCACCCUAUCGAUGCGCAGUACCUCUCCGACACGCAGGAGCUCGCCGACCAGUAUGAGCAACUCCUGGUGCGCUCCUUCGCGAGCCGCGACUCGGUUAAGCUACCCAUCUUCGAUCUGCUGUUGCUCGGCAGCGGACCCGACGGUCAUACCUGCAGCCUGUUUCCGGGGCACGCCCUGCUGCGCGAAACAAGCGCCUGGGUCGCCCCUAUUGACGACUCGCCCAAGCCGCCGCCGCGCCGAAUCACCCUUACGCUACCCGUCGUCACCCACGCCGUCAAGGUUGCGUUUGUGGCUACGGGCGGCGGCAAGAAGGAAAUUAUGAAGCGGAUUUUCGAGCAGGGCGAUGGGCUGCCGUGCGCGCUUGUCAACGAGGCGACGGGGGAGAGGUGCUCAUGGUUCGUGGACACGGCGGCUGUUGAGGGCGUGUCGUUCCCGCGUCGAGGAUUCCUGUAG